UGGCCACUUCCCUGUCUCCGGCCACCGCACAACCAUGGCCUCCGCCGCCGCCUCCAGCGCGGCGGCGCUCUCCCGCCUCGCCGACCGCACCCGGGUACCGGACCCCACGCUGCAGCGCCACGCGGUUGCGGCCUUCUUCCGCCACCUCCUCUCCUUCCCCGCGCCCCUCCCCGAGGCCGCCCACGACGCCGCCUCCGUCCUGCUCGCCUCGCCCCACCCCGCCGUCGCCGCGCACGCCGCGGCCUCCGUCGCCCGCCUCGCCGCCUCCCGCCCCGACCUCCUGCCCCCGGGCCGCGCCCUCCCGCUCCUCCUCGCGCCCCUCGCGGCCUCCCCCUCGCCCCGGCUCGCCUCCUGCUUCGUCAAGGCUGUCUCCGCGCUCGCGGCCUGCGCCCUCCGCUCUGGCUCCCGCUUCCGGCCCCAUGACCACCCAUUCGUCCAGGCGCUCGCGUCGGGGGCGGACGGCGCGCGCGCGGAGCUGGCGCGCCAGGCGGCCAGGAUGGUCGCCGAGGGGCUGGACGGGAUUGUAGGGUUCCUUAGGCCGUUCGUGAUGUUCUCCGUGGUGAGGAAGGGGGACGCCGCAUUCGCGAGGGAUUUGAUCGGCGCACUGGCCGCAGCGGCCACAGCAGCGGGGAAGGCUGGUGUCGCGAUCCCGGUGCUGAAGUUGCUCGAAGAGAGCAUGCUGCAUUUCGGACGCGGGGAUGAUCAGGAAAUGUGGCAGUGGCUUAGUUCUGCGGAGUGCUUGGUUGGAGCUCAUGUGGUGUUGUUGAGGAAGUUGGUUCAUGCCCAAAUGCCAACAUAUGAUGCUCAAGCCAGUGGUGCAAUGUUGAUGGAAACACUCCUGUCACAAUGUUUAUUUCAUAAAAAAAUUCUGGGAAUUACAUCUACACUUCUUGGGUUAUCAAAACAUUUAUUCUCGGUGCAAAAGGACCUUGGAUUAUGCUAUGUACCUGAGAUUUCUGGUGUUCUUAGUUCUCUUUCUCACUCUCUCAGUGGGCUGGAGUUUGAACACGAACAGCUAGUUGGCUUGAAACUUCUGGCCUUUUUGAUUGAAUGGAAACAUGAAAACGUACUUGAGCAGAAAGAACAAAAACACUGCCUCAGCGAGGAGCUUCUCUGUGUUAUGGCAGUAAUCAACCUCGCAAUUUCUCCUUCUAAGUCUGUGAAAGCAGUGGUGCAUCAUAUUCUGUCAAGGUUCAGCUCGCUCGUUUUAGACAUGCCUGCCACUCAUUCAUCAGAGCAACAAGAUAUUUCAACGGACUACCACAUAAGCAAACCUGCACUUAUUCUUCCUAAACUUCUGCAUUAUAUAUGGUCUCAGCCAUCUUCAGCAGGCUUCAUUUUUAUGAAGCAAACAGCUACCAAGGUUUCACCUGAAUCUGGUCGGAAUUAUUUGGAAGCAAGGUAUUGGACUGAUCAACUAAAUGACUAUCUGACAGCCCUUCGCAGAGAAAAGCUUACAUUGGAUGGUUUGUCUUCAAAAAAGACAUCUACAGUAGCAAUAUCAUCUCUGAUAAGCUCUGUAGCAUGUGUUUUGGUAAUGCAUCCAAAACUUGGUACUUCUGCUGCAGAGUCUUUGGCAAUGCUUGGUGCAUCAGACCCAAGAUUGGGUAUGCCAUUGUUUGUAGUUAUCCUCUUCUAUAUCAAGAUCCUAUGCAACAACAAUAAUUUUUCAACAGAGAUCUCGCUCAGUUUGAUAGAGUCAUUGCCAUCACUUGCUAUACAUGGUUUUGUGCUUCCACUCGCUCUGCAAUGGAUAUCGCCAAUGCUUAACAGGGACACGAAUCCGGUUCUAUAUGCUAUAGCUGUUCGAUUACUCUGCAAAAUAUGGAUUGUCACUGAUUGGGCUUUUCCAAACUUACAAGCAAUUAUGGAUCCUGAAAAUAUUUCAAAUUUCAUCUCUGACAGAGAGAUUUCCAUGAGUGUUGCCUCAUCGAUACGUGAUGUUUGCAAACACAAUCCAGAUCGAGGAGUUGAUUUAAUACUAUCUGUCUCGUUGUGUAUUGAGAGUCGUGAUUCUGUGGUUCAAGCUCUUGGUCUGGAGGGCCUCUCGUAUCUCUGUGAAGCUGAUGUGGUCGAUUUCUAUACGGCCUGGAAGGUUAUAUCAAAGGAGCUGCUUGAUUAUUCCGUCGAACCUGCUGUUGCUCACAGUUUGUGUGUUCUGCUGAGAUGUGGAGCGAUGGAUGCUGAGGCAUAUUCUGGAAUAUCUAAUAACCUGAUAGGAAUAUUAUGGAGCAUUGGGACAUCUAAGAAAAAUGAUUCCAAAUCUCUCUGGGUUAAAGCAAGAGAAACUGCUUUUCUCUCCUUGUCCCACUACAAGGUCUCGCUUAUUCAAGAUGCUAUUCCUGAUUUCUGGAAACGAAACUAUGAAUUCUUCACUAAUGAAGAUAAUCUGGCAGUUCUCAAUGCCAUGGAGAACCUUCAAGAUGAGAUCGUCAAAUUUGAACAUAUAAACCGUCGUAGAGUGAGCACUGAUAAAAGAGUUGCCGUCCAUAAAUUUGAGAAACUACUGGAUGUUUUCCCUCAGGCCGUGUUUAAAGGAAAGUCAACUCAUCAUCAGUUGCCUGGUGCUGCUCUUCUAACUCUUAAUUUUACCCCAAAGGAUAUACUUAAUGAAGGGAAAUCUAAGGGUUUGCCAAGAGUUCAUGCUGCUUUUGAGCAAGCAUUCACAGAAAUUGCUGAAUCUUUGUACAUAUCAAGAAAUAUAGAGGUUGCUCUUCUUGCAUUGCAUUCAUGGAAGUCAUUUGUUUCCAAUUGGAUGCAAGCAGUUGUUGCUUUGCUUGACAUUAAAGAGUCAUCAAAGUUGAACAAAGCUUUAAAAGCUGCUAAUGAUAUAUUUAAGAUUUUGUGCGAUCACGCUUCAGUAUCUACUCCUCGAGUUGCUGUUAACAUUGCUCUUGUCAUUGGAGCACUAUGUUUGAUUGUUCCACCAACUGCCCAUUUGGUAAUAUCUUCUGCAUCAGAUUUUCUUUUAAAAUGGCUAUUUCAAUACGAGCAUGAGCACCAGCAGUGGUCAGCAGCCCUAUCUCUUGGACUAAUAUUCAAUUGUUUUCACCCCACGGAUAAAAAGAGCAGGUUUCAGGUUAUUAAUGGGCUUCUUGAGGUUAUCUCAAAAACUGAAAGCUGUCUUGCAAAAGGAGCUUGUGGACUGGCAUUAGGCUAUGCUUGCCAAGGUCUUUUAACGAGAGCACAUAAUGCUAGUGAUUCAGAAGUAGAUGCUACUACAGAACUCAAUGAGCGUGCAUCAAUUGAAGAUAUUCUUCGUGCUUCGGUUUCUUCAUUGAUUCAGCUAUGUCCGUCCUCAUGUUGUUCUCUGAAAAAACUUAAUAUAUAUGGAAUAGACUCCAUGGAAGGGAUGGAAGAAAAUAGUGAUAGAUUCAACGAUGAUCCUUGGGCUAUUGCUGGACUUGUUCUUGGUCUGGGAAAUUCUGUUUUUGCUCUGUAUAGACUUGGAGCUUAUGGCACUGUUACUGAAAUCAAGGACAUAUUGAUGUCAUGGAUACCGGAUGUCAAUUCAAGCUGUGAAUUAUUUGAUGAAAUGAAUUCAGUAUCACUUUGUAUCGGCUCAUGUCUUGCUCUUCCUUCUGUCGUGGCUUUUUGCCAAAGAGUGGACUUGUUGAAUGAGGACUUGGAUGCACUGUUCAAUCGCUACACUUCUUUAGCUUCUGAGCUCCUAAACCUCAAUAAAUCUGGAAUUAUCUUUCAGAAUUUAUUGAUGGCAAUCUGUAUUGGUGCUGGAUCUCUCCUAUCUUUUAUACUAGAUGAUGGAGUGCACGCUAUGGAACCCAGUGCUGUUAAAAAGCUUCUAGACACUCUCAGGCAUAUAUAUACACAUCCAUUUCCUCCCCUUGUUCAUUUGGGAGGCAUGUUUGGUGUAGUCAACGCUUGCGGUGCAGGUGCAGGGGAUCUUACUGGGAUGUGUUCAAAACUUAUGACUUCACAAAUCAAACAUGAGGAGUCAUCUUUGGUGAGAGGUCCUUUAUUGGCAAGCCCUGUUGGUGAGACUCUUUCAACAUCUAUGGUCCAGGAAAUAUAUCUUCUUGCUAAGGAUGCUGAGGAUAAGCACAUACAAGAUUCUGCUGCGUGGGCCAUUUCAUUUCUUAGAAGCAGGUGGUUGUUAAAGAAUCUGAUUGUUUACGAUAAAAAUGGUUCAAAUAGAAGUUCUGAUGAUCCCAGUCAAGCUUCAAGUUUUUCUGAACAGAGCUUAGUUUGGAACUUAAGUCGCUGGUUGAAUGAUCUUAAGCUUGAAAAGCCUUUUGAUAUGGUGCCAGUAAGUACAGUUGGAACAGUUUUAAAAUGUCUUUCUAAAGCUCCUCGAUUGCCAUCUACAGACUGGGGGGUUAUUGUACGGCGGUGCAUGAAAGUUGAAGCGCAGAUUCUUUAUAAGCCAACCAAUCAGCAAGAUCUAAAGUUACUAAGGGAAGCAUGCUUACAUUUUACUCUAGCUCAUGCUACCCACAUAAGUCCCCUUCUGCAGUUUUUGGAUGAUCUGACUGACAUACUCAGAUUCCGGAGAUUAGAAAUAAAUGUGCAAUCUAUUUUGCUCCAACAUUUGUCACACCUAAUGAAGCUCUUCUCAGAUUCAAGAUUAGAUAAACUGUAUGAGGAUUUAACUGAAUACUUGUAUUCCUCCACCUCUUCAUACUUGGAUUACUCAUGUGAACAGAAAAGCAUGAUAAGAAUGUCGUUCUGGGAAGGCAUUUGCAAGUGCCUGGUGGAGGUUGUUUCUGAAGAAUCUGGUGGCUUCUCAUUCACUAAAAAAUGCCUUGAAUGCUUGUUGCCUCUCUUGACUCUCCAAAAUGAUGGUCAACCUGAAUACAUGGAUGAGUGGUCUUCUGCUAUCAUGUGUCUUACCAAUGCCCAGAAAAGUUGGCUGGGUGAUAUGCUGCAGGUUCGGAAUGCUGCUUUAGUCACUGAAGAAGAACGUGUUGAUGUGGCAAAAAAAAUUAUCAUCAGAGCAAGGUUGUGUGCGGCUGGUUGUGGUUCAGUACAUGAUCUGGGUAAUAUAAAGAUGAUGAUAUUAUGUACAAAAGCAGAUGGUGUCUGGUGGAAUGUCCUUGUAGAGAUCGCUGCAGCUAUUAACUCUGAUGAAAACAGUAUCAAAAGGCAGUGGCUUCUGGAUGCAUUAGAGAUUGGUUGUGUUACAGCUCAUCCUUCGACGGUGCUGCGCUUUGUUGGCCUGCUAUGUGAUAGCUGCUGCAUCUAUAUGCCUCUUCUCAUCGUUAAUUCAAGAAAUGUACUGAGUGACUUGCCUGUCACUCUGCCUUCCUUUCUCUCCAGCAGCAUUUGGGAUGAUUUCAGGGACAUUGUUGCAGACAAGCUAUGGUUGUUGACCACUCACAUCUACACUUGGGCAGAACAAUUGGCUUAUGGAAAUGACCUCACUGGGCAUGCUCAUAUUCAUAGAAGUGAAGCUGAGAUGGCUACUUUUCUGGCCAAUAUUCUGCGUUCAACAUGCAUUGCAGCUGAGGACUACUUGACUGUUGAUAAGCAGCUGAAGCUUGCAAACCUAGAGUCACUCUGAUUGUAGGGAGAUAUGUUUUCAUUUUAUUAUUGAAAAUAUAUGUGUGCUUGUGUACAGUACUGUCUCAAAUUCAUGUUUGAUGAUUCAGCAACUAUGUUCCUGUAGAUAAUUUAGUUUAACUAUCUCAUCUUAUGCACUAAAGAAUUUCUAAUGUUCAUAGAUUGAAACAUGGAUUUUUGAAAUAAUAUUGCAUUAAUCUGUGAGCACUA